UCCGUGAUUCACUCUCUUUGUUGCUCUUUCUCUUUCUCACCAACACAUCGAAUUUUUGACUUACUGAAGAAGCAGAGCAUGUUGGCUCGCAAAUCUCAGACAUGGGUUCUUCUUCUCCUGCUCAUAUCUGCCUCCCUCUUUCACUUUUCCACAUCCCAAUCCGAUUCCCCAUGGGCUGCCAAGAAGAGGCGCAUGAGAGACAAAGUUCGCAAAAUGUUUUACCAUGCAUAUGACAACUACAUGACCCACGCAUUUCCGCAUGAUGAGUUAAAGCCACUUACUAAAACUUUUACUGACUCCCUUAGUGAGCUUGGCAAUCUGAAGCUUGAACAUCUACCACAAGACUAUAACGGAUCUGCCCUUACACUUAUUGAAUCUUUGUCCAGCCUUGUGGUUCUGGGUAACAACACGGAAUUUGAAAGGGCAGUUCUUUGGCUUUCUGAAAAUCUAACAUUUGAUGUUGAUGCAAGGGUCAAUCUUUUUGAGUGCAACAUAAGAGUUCUUGGAGGACUUGUUUCUGCUCAUCUACUUGCAACUGAUUCUCCAAACAGAGUAGUUCAAGGAGCUUAUAAGAAUCAGCUACUUACUUUGGCUGAAGAAUUAGGGCAACGCUUUUUACCUGCAUUCAAUACCCCCACAGGGUUGCCCUAUGCGUGGCUUAACUUAAAGUAUGGAGUAAUGGAGAAUGAGACUACUGAAACAAGCACUUCAGGAUGUGGUUCUCUAAUUCUUGAAAUGGGAGCAUUAUCACGAUUAACUGGUGACCCCAGAUAUGAGUCUGCAGCUUUACGUGCUCUUCGGAAGCUAUGGAGCAUGAGGAGUUCAUUGAAUUUGCUUGGAACAACACUGGAUGUUCUGACUGGGGAAUGGAUUGAGUAUUCAUCUGGUAUUGGGGCUGGGGUUGAUUCAUUCUAUGAAUAUCUAUUCAAGGCUCACAUUCUUUUCGGGAGUGAGGAGUUCUGGAGAAUGUUUCAUUCUGCUUAUGUUGCUGUACAGAAAUAUUUCAGACAUGGUCCAUGGUACCAUGAAGCUGAUAUGAGGACCGGAAAAGCAACAUAUUGGCAGCUUACAAGCCUUCAAGCGUUUUGGCCUGGCUUACAGGUCCUUGUUGGGGAUAUCGCAGCUGCAAAUUCAUCACAUCGUGAGUUUUUCUAUGUGUGGGAGAAGUAUGGAGUACUACCAGAGAGGUAUCUGUUGGACCAUCUAAUGUUGCAUCCGACGGAAAAAUAUUAUCCUCUGCGACCUGAAUUGGCAGAGUCAACAUUCUACUUAUAUCAGGCAACUAAAGAUCCAUGGUACAUAAAGGUUGGGGAAAAAAUGGUAAAUUCUAUUAAUUCAUACACCAAAGUGGAAGGAGGUUUUGCUAGCAUUAGAGAUGUGACAACUAUGCAGCUGGAAGAUCAUCAGCACAGUUUUUUCCUUGCCGAAACUUGCAAGUAUCUAUACCUUCUGUUUGAUGAUACAUUUUUGCUUGGUCGGAAUUAUAUUUUCACGACGGAGGGUCACCCCCUACCUGUGUUAAGUUCCUGGCAUGAGAGGCUUCCAGAGACCUACAUCCCCACCAACUGGACUUUCAUCAAGACCGGUAAGCAAGGAAGAAGGGCAAGUUCAAUGUCUCUACAAGUAUGCCCCGCUACCAUGUUGAAUGGCGGCCAACGAAUUGAAAGCGCUUGCCACGUCCCUGAUUCUCGUAGCGACCACAGAUGCUCAACCAAUGAAGAAUGUGGAAUUGAUUCAACUACUUGCAGACCAAGAUCAUGCAGCACUGCUGGCUAUUGUGGGCUAUGGUUGUUCAUAUAAUCCUCCAAAAUUCUUUGUGUAACAAAAUAAAAUAAAAUAAAAUAAAUUCUCUUUAACACAAGCAAAUUCAAAACUGCUGGAUAUCUAUAUGGAAGUCGGGUGGUUAAUGUAGACAAAUGGACGAAAGCAUAGGAAUACAUGUAUCAGGAACCAUACAGAAGAGGAAUGCAAAAUUUUGUGAUUUUAAUUAUA